UCGUGUACAUAUAUAUAGUUAUAUGACAAGUGAUACGUCAUGUGGUAUUUUAAUCGUUUAAAAACUAAUAAUUGUUUCACUCGAGCAUCAUUACCCAACAAUUAAUCAAUUAAUCAACAAACCAUUAUCAAUUGUUAAUUACUUAAUUAUCAGUUCCAGACCUAGCUCAAUAUUAACACCGGACUUAAUUUAAAGCGACUAAGUAUUGACACUUAACUUGAAAGCUAAGACUUUCAAGACUCCAAACUGCACUUUUAUAUUAUAUUGACUUCCAUCAAGUUUAUUUAUUUAAUAAACAAAUUUUUUAUUUUAAAAUUUGUGUCAAAUAUUUUUCAACCAGAAUGAUGAGGUGACAUUUAAUUCUGCAAUGCGGAAAAAGUCUAUUAGUUUAUUACUGCUGUCGUUAUUGGUAUGGGGUAUCAUUACAUACUUCCUUUUCCUUACACGAACAACUGACAAUAGAGAUAAGAAUGUACUCUCGAAUCAGAUAAACAGCUUAAAGGCACAAGUUGAAAGGAGGAUUGCUGACAAUCAAAUUCUGCUGAAACGUCUUAUUGAAUUGCAACAAAAAAAACUUGCAGAACAAAUCAAAACACGCAGUCCGCUAAUAGAAGAAAUUUUAAAUGCUACUUACCCAGUAGCUUCAACUGUUAAAUUAAAAACAGAGGAAGAAAUAAUAAGUGAAAGACUCCAAGCACUAUCAUCAAAAAAAUUAGUUAACGACUCGCCAAUAAUAGCCGUGUUAGUUAUUUCUUGCAACAGAAUCACAGUCCAGAGAUGCUUGGACCAGUUGAUAAAAUUACGGACUAAUGCCGAUCAAUUUCCAAUAAUUGUUUCACAAGACUGCGAGCAUAAACAGACUGCUGAUGUUAUUAAGUCAUACGGUGAUCAAGUUGUGCAUAUACAACAACCAGAUCAAUCAGAUAUUGACAUUCCACCAAGAGAGAAAAAAUUCAAAGGCUAUUUUAAAAUAGCUCGCCACUACGGCUGGGCUUUAAAUAAAGUAUUCUUUGAAUUUGGAUUUGAUACUACAAUUAUCGUUGAAGAUGAUCUGGAUGUCGCUCCAGACUUCUACGAAUAUUUCCUAGGCACAUAUCCGCUCCUAGUAGCCGAUAAAUCACUAUGGUGCGUGUCAGCCUGGAACGAUAAUGGCAAAUCCGGGCUAGUUGAUGAAAACGCGCCUCACUUGCUUUAUCGCACUGAUUUUUUUCCUGGUCUAGGUUGGAUGCUCACCAAAGAUCUCUGGCAGGAAUUAUCUGACAAGUGGCCCAAAGCGUACUGGGACGACUGGAUUCGUCAACCGGAACAACGAAAAAAUAGAGCAUGCAUCCGGCCGGAACUCUCUAGGACCAGAACUUUUGGAAAAGUUGGCGUUAGCAAUGGAUUGUUUUAUGAAAAACAUCUUAAGUAUAUUAAACUCAACGAUCAAUCUGUGCCUUUUACUAAAAUGAAUUUAAGUUAUUUAUUGAAAGAUAAUUAUGACAUUAAUUUUGUUAAUGAAGUCUAUCAUUCGACGGUAGUAAGUUACUCGGAACUAAAAAGCGGUAAUAUUAUAACUUCUGGAUCCGUGAGAAUUCCUUAUCAUUCACGGCAAGCGUUUAAAAAUACUGCCAAGAUGCUGGGAUUGAUGGAUGAUUUUAGAAGCGGAGUUCCAAGAACCGGCUACAGAGGCAUAAUAACCUUCUUUUACAACAAAAGACGAGUGCACCUCGCACCAAACAUGAACUGGAAAGGUUACGACAUAAGUUGGAGCUAACACAAAGUGCGCCACUCUAAACAGUCCCGUAAUCUGGAACCAGUGAUAGCUUACCAGUUCAUUUAAAAUAAAAAUUGUAGAUUAUUAAAUUAAAUUCAAAAGAAGAGAGAGAACGAGACAAUUAAAAAAAAAAUAUUAAUAUUAAUAUGAUAUUAAUAAAAAAAAAAAUCAAUAAAUUCGUACCUGGCAAAGGGAUCCAACACUCCAAUGUACUGUUGGAAAAGCCAAAGGGAAAACUUUGCCGAUCGACUACCUCCCGUAAAUUUUAAAAUUAGCUAAUUUGUAAUUGUAAUUGAGUCGAGUUUUAAAGUAACCUCUUAAUUCCAUUAUAAAUAAAUAUAUAUACAAAUAUA